GGAGCAAUGUCAGCAAUCUCACUCGUGUUCCAUCGUUACACUUUGUGAGGCUCGGGUCGGCGACAAUGCGUGAGUGUAUCAGUGUGCACAUCGGGCAGGCGGGCGUUCAGAUCGGCAACGCCUGCUGGGAGCUGUACUGCCUGGAGCAUGGCAUCCAACCCGACGGCUCCAUGCCGUCCGACAAGACCAUCGGCGGCGGAGACGACUCCUUCAACACUUUCUUCAGCGAGACGGGCGCCGGCAAGCAUGUUCCCAGAGCCGUGUUCGUCGACCUUGAGCCUACUGUCGUCGAUGAGGUGCGGACGGGCACGUACAGACAACUGUUCCACCCGGAGCAGCUCAUCACGGGCAAGGAGGACGCCGCCAAUAACUACGCCCGAGGUCACUACACCAUCGGCAAGGAGAUUGUCGACCUGGUGCUGGACCGCAUCAGAAAGUUAGCCGACCAGUGCACCGGCUUACAGGGCUUCCUUAUCUUCCACUCCUUCGGCGGCGGCACCGGCUCCGGCUUCACCUCCUUGCUCAUGGAAAGGCUCUCCGUCGACUAUGGAAAGAAGAGUAAACUGGAGUUCUCAAUCUAUCCCGCGCCGCAGGUCUCUACAGCUGUGGUCGAGCCUUAUAAUUCCAUCCUGACGACACACACCACGUUGGAGCACUCUGACUGCGCAUUCAUGGUGGAUAACGAAGCCAUUUAUGACAUCUGUCGCAGGAACCUGGACAUUGAGCGCCCCACCUACACUAACCUCAACAGACUCAUUGGCCAGAUUGUCUCCUCCAUAACCGCUUCCCUCAGGUUUGAUGGCGCCCUCAACGUGGACUUAACCGAAUUCCAGACCAACCUGGUGCCCUACCCUCGCAUCCACUUCCCACUGGCCACUUACGCCCCUGUGAUCUCCGCCGAGAAGGCCUACCACGAGCAGCUGUCCGUGGCGGAGAUCACCAACGCCUGCUUCGAGCCCGCCAACCAGAUGGUGAAGUGUGACCCUCGCCACGGGAAGUACAUGGCGUGCUGCAUGCUGUACCGGGGCGACGUCGUCCCCAAGGACGUCAACGCCGCCAUCGCCUCCAUCAAGACCAAGAGGACCAUCCAGUUCGUCGACUGGUGUCCCACUGGCUUCAAGGUGGGGAUCAACUACCAGCCGCCGACGGUGGUGCCGGGAGCCGACCUGGCUAAAGUGUCGAGGGCCGUGUGCAUGCUCUCCAACACCACCGCCAUCGCUGAGGCCUGGGCUCGCCUCGACCACAAGUUCGAUCUGAUGUACGCCAAGCGGGCCUUCGUCCACUGGUACGUGGGAGAGGGCAUGGAGGAGGGUGAGUUCUCGGAGGCUCGGGAGGACCUCGCAGCUCUCGAGAAGGACUACGAGGAAGUGGGCGUAGACUCUACUGAAGCAGAGGACGAAGAAGGUGGCGAAGAAUACUAGAAGAAUGUACCUGAAGAUGGCCUUUGAGACAAUACACAAGUGCCUGAAGCAUGAAAGCUUGUAUAAUUAUUUUAACUGUUAUUCGCUUGGUUAUGAGCAAUCAGUAACUGGUGAAGAAUUUGUUCUGUAAAUUGAUGAUGUAAAUCUCGCUCAAUGCACAGCUUAUAACCCAAAGAUUAGAUUAAUUACUUCAGUACAAGGCUGAAUUUUAAUGACAAGUCAUAAGACUGAUUAUGAGAUGUUGGAAUUGCGGGAAUUUCAAUCCUGAUAUAACUGAAUUAAGAAAAUACAUCCACACUACAUUACGUGACACAAGCAUGACACAAUUAUCAUUUUGUAUAAAUUAUAACAGUCCCUUUCUCGUUGCCACUUUUUCUUUAAUAAAAUUUUAACUUAAUUGGUUGAUAUUUUAACUUACUGAAGUGGUUAUUUUAUUAAAGUUUUUGUGUCUUGAGGCAGAGAAGCGAUGGUACUGUCCAUUCCCUGAACAUUUCCCCCCACUACACAUCCAGCAAUAGAGAAAGACUGUAAUUCCAACUACUGUAGACUCUCCAAAUAAACAUUAACAUAUAAUUUG